GGUAAGUGUAGGGUUAGGGCAGGGCUUAGGCUUAGGUUUAGGGCUGGGUUUGGGGGGUGGUGUCAGAGUUAGACUUGGGUGGGCAUUUUAGAUAGAUAGUUUAGAGAGGAGGGAGGGAAUUUUUUGCAAAGAAGAUGUGCAGACUGUAAGUAGCAUUCCUUUUCUUUCUCUUGGUCUCCUGGGGGCGAGGUGUGAGUCCUGGAGUCCCCUGCGCAGCCUUAGCUCUCUGGAAAUUGACCCGGCCAGUCUUCUCCAGAGAGCUCCUCCACACUCUUUCCCUGCCUUCCCCUUUUCUCUCCCCUCUCAUCAUUUACAUUUACUAGGACAUUCCUAGCCCACUUUCCUCCCAGGAGCUCAAGGUGGCCUUAAUGGUUCUCCCUACCACUAACUGUUAUCUUCACAGCAGCCCUGCAAAGUAUGCUAGGCUAGCCCAAGGUCCACCAGGGAGCUUCAUGGCUGAGUGGGGAUUCAAACCCUGCUCUCCCAGGUCCUCCUAGUCCAGCCCUCCAACCACUACACCUCUGCCUGGCUCCAUUUUGCAUUUCUCCAGUUGCCCUACGACAUCAGCCGCCUCCCCCUUCUUGGGGGUCUCUCUGGCUCCAAGGAAGACUCCAUCCCCUUCCUCAUGUUCUGCUCCUCUUCUGGGACACCUCCCAGGAGUCUCCUCCCUCUCUGGGAAGGGCAGGGCUGUCCUAAGAAGACGAGGCAGACCAGCCUUUUAACAGCUGGCAAUGCUUCUCUUUCCUUUGGGCUGGAGCUCUUGAACCCAGAGCAUUUGGGGCCUCCUUUCUCUCUCUGCCAGCCCUUUGAGCUCUGGGCUGCCUCUUUCCAGCUCUGGUGAUGACCUUUCAGGUCACAGAACUACAGAGAGAUGAAAGGAAUUGGUCCAGUUGCCCCUCCUCACACACAAACACACACACACACACCCAAGAAUUGGGGCUGAUGGCUUCUGAUUCUCUCUCUCUGCUCAUCUCUUCUAGGCUCAGGUGUUUAAGACGCCUGAUUGGUCGCAGCAACAAGGUGGCCCCCCUGCAAGGCCCAGAGCAGCCUGUGCCUUCGGAUGUGCUGGGGUUCCACAUGCCUCCCCUAGCGCUGCUGGACAAAGAUCAGCUCUACCUCCUGCAGGUCAUCCAGGACUGCCAGGCAGCUCGGCUCAGGGGGCUCCGAACCCUAAAGUACUCCAAGCAGGAGGCGGUCAAAGCCAUUCUGGAUAUCCUUGGCCACUUGGAGUACUUCAGGGAUCGCCCCCUGAGCCUGGCCCUGGCCUUUGAGGCCCUCCUCCAACUUAGCUUUAUGAGACCCCAUUUCAGCCUCGCUAUGGUCAGUGCUAUCCUGCAUAAGGCAAUGGAGGCAGUUCUACGGGGUGCAGAACAGGAGGAGGAAAAAGAGGAACUGAAGAGGCCAUUUGAGAGCCUGCUGGGGGGUCUCCUCCUGGAAGCCCCCAAUGCUGGCACCCUCCUUCAGCUUCUUACUGACCUCAGAUAUUACGCCCUUUGCGGAAGUGAGGACGAAAGAAAACUAGCGGCCAGCAGCAUCUCACUGCUGCUGGCCGUUUCACGAAGAUUCCCCCGCCUCAGGAACACAGUGAUUCGGCCAGAGCUGGCCUGUUUCCGGCAAAAUCUGAAAGAAGAUGACCUCAUCAUAGAAGAGAUAUGAUUUUCCUCCCUGAAGGAAUUACUGGUUCUAUUUGGAUGUCUGAAUUGGCAGAAGAAGAGACGCUGAGAAUCAGGAGGGGGACAGAUGAUUUGACCAGCCAUGAAAUAUGGACUGAGAUUGGGCCGAACUUGAAGAGAAGGAAGGAAGGAAGGAAGAAUCCAUGACAUAUGGUCAUCUAAUCCCUGCUUUAAAACCUGCAAGGAAGGAGAGUCCUUCACCUUCCAGGGGGAGUCCAUUCCUCUGUUGACCAAUGUUUAGUCGGAAUCUCCUUUGUUGUAUCCUGAAGCCAUUGGUUCGAGUCCUACCAUACAGAGCAGGGUGGGGGGAGCUUGCUGCAUCUUCCAUGUGACAGGCUGCCCUUGAGUUAUUUGAAAAUGGCUCUCUCUGGUGCCGCUGGAUCAAGCUGAUCGAUUUUCUUGCAUUACUUAAACUAAAUAG